AUGGCCCAAUCAUCACCGAAAAACGACGUUGACGCGAAGCCGCCCUGCCAUCCCCGUGCUUGCGCCAUCCAAGACUGCUUGACGCGAAACAACUACAAUGAGGCCAAGUGCCAGGACGCCGUCAAGGCGCUCUACGAGUGCUGCAACGCCUUUUACGAACGCUACGGCGACGAUGCAAGCACGCCCAGCUGUCCCAAGCCCAGCCUGCUGCGUCUCAAGAUGAAGCAGCAGAGUGAAGGCAAAUAG